CAACCUCGUGGCCGAAAAAGCAUCGAUAUGGGAGUGACCGAGGGACCGCCACAGUUUGUCAGUCACCCCGUAGCUCAGAUGGCUGUUGGUGAGGGUGACGGUUGCACCAUCAAGGCCGUUAUUCAACCCGCUGGCGAUCCCACGCUGGAAGUGGUCUGGCUCAAGGAUGGCGUUGUGCUCGACGCUUCCUCUCGCCAGUACGCUUCAUUCGAUCGAGGCUACGCCGUCUUUCAAAUUCUCUACACCAACGUCUCGGAUUCCGGGGAAUACUGUUGUCUGGCGAAGACGUCCCAGGGCCAAGCACAGUCCUCCGGUUGCUUGAUUACUGUUAUACCUGAGGACAAUGUGGUCACUGAGAGCCAACUGCCGGAGGAGUCGAUGGUGGAUAAUCUGGCAGCCAUGGAGACGAGACUGAACUUGAAUGGCGGCGAACCGAGACGCAUGGAGGACAAGACCUUCCCAGCACCGACCAUCGUGCGUCCCCUUUUGCCUCAGCUGAACCUGAAAGAGAAUGAACGGGCCAAAUUUGAGACUUUCGUGCAACCAGCAAACGACCCCAGCCUGAAU